GGGGCGUCGCAGGGGAUCCCCGAUGGACCUGGACGUGGACUACGAGCGCCCCAACGUCGAGACCAUCAAGUGCGUGGUGGUGGGCGACAACGCGGUGGGCAAGACCCGCCUCAUCUGCGCCCGGGCCUGCAACGCCACCCUCACCCAGUACCAGCUGCUGGCCACCCACGUGCCCACCGUCUGGGCCAUCGACCAGUACCGCGUCUGCCAGGAGGUAGGGGACAAAGGACCGCCACCUGCACCACCAGCCCCCCCCGUCCCUCUCCCCGGCCGCCUUGCCUGGUCGGACGUGGUGGUGCUUUGCUUCUCCUUGGCCAACCCCAAUUCCCUCAAGCACGUGAAGAGCAUGUGGUACCCGGAGAUCAGGCACUUCUGCCCACGGACCCCAAUCGUGCUGGUGGGCUGCCAGCUGGACCUUCGCUACGCAGACCUGGAGGCCGUCAACCGGGCGCGCCGCCCGCUGGCCAAGCCCAUCAAGCCUUCUGACAUCCUGCCCCCCGAGUGUGGGCACGAAGUGGCCAAGGAGCUGGGCGUCCCCUACUACGAGACCAGCGUGGUGGCCCAGUUUGGCAUCAAGGACGUCUUUGAUAACGCCAUCCGAGCCGCCCUCAUCUCCCGGCGCCACCUGCAGUUCUGGAAGUCCCACCUCAAGAAGACGCAGCACCCGCUUUUGCAGGCCCCCUUCCUGCCCCCUAAGCCCCCGCCGCCAAUCAUCCAUAUCCCUGACCCCAUGCCGGGGGAAGGCCGGGGCCCCACCGACCUUUUCCACGAGCCCCUCUGCGCGGACGUCGUCUUCUGCCUGCAGGGGGGCCACCGGGUGUUUGCCCACCGGGUCUACCUGGCCACCUCCUGCUCCAAGUUCUACGACCUUUUCAUGCUGGACUUGGCCGGGGAGGCCGGGGAGGGCCUCAAGGAGCCGGCCAGCAGGACAAAAAGUCUCGAUGCCGACAAGGGCUCUCUGGCGGGGGCGGGGGCCGCCACUGCCGCCGCCUCCUCCUCCCUCCGGGCGUCCCAGAGCGACGACCCACUGCGCUUGGCCCUGCCACCCCGGGAACUCUCCGGCUGGGGUCGAGGCUUCGUCCGCAUGGGCCGGGAGGCGGUGCGCGACCCCGUGACCCAGCAGGAGAAGCCCAUGACGGCGGUCUACAUGGACGGGCUGGUGCCAGUGGGGCCUUUCCGGGCCGUCCUGGAGUACCUGUACACGGGCCAUCUGGAGCCGCACCGAGCCGACCUCAUGCAGGUGGCGGCCAUGGCAGAGCUGCUGGAGGUCUUUGACUUGCGCAUGAUGGUGGCCAACAUGCUCAACAAGGAGAGCUUCAUGAACCGCGAGAUCACCAAGGCCUUCCACGUCCGCCGAGCCAACCGGAUCAAGGAGUGUUUGAACAAAGGCACUUUUGCUGAUGUGGUGUUUCUGGUCGAUGACGGAUCCGUGCCAGCCCACAAGCCGCUGCUCCUUGCGGGUUGUGACUUCAUGGUGGCGCUGUUUGGCGGCACCUUCCGGGAGAGCUGCGCCACGGAGGUGUCCCUUCCGGGCACCAACAGUGCCUGCCUGCGAGCCGUGCUGGAGUUCCUCUACACGGGCCACUUUGUCCCCACCCCGGACCUGGACGCCACGGAGCUGCUGGUGCUCACCAACCGCCUUUGCCUGACCCGCCUGCAGGCCCUGACUGAGCAGUAUGCUGUGGACGAGCUGGUCCAUGCCAGCCUGCAACAGGUGGAAAUAGAUGCACAGGUCAUCCUCUACCUGGAGAUGACACAGUUUCACAACGCCCACCAGCUGGCCGCGUGGUGCCUCCAUUACCUCUGCACCAACUACAACAGCGUCUGCCGCCGCUUCCCCAGGGAGAUGAAGGCGAUGUCUCCAGGUAAACGCCUGGGCCCCACCUUUGGGAGGAGCACCACCAGGCUGCGGGGGGGCAGGGGGGAAAACGACCCGAGGCCGCCGGGAGAGUGCCGUGUUGUGUGUGUGUGCGGCACAAAACUCUCUUGGUACCUGAAGGAGGAGGACCGCUACCGGCGCUUGCAGAAGGAGCGGGAGCUGGAGGAGGAGAUGCUGCGGAAACAGCACCCUCGCAGCAAGUGGUGCUUCUGGCGGCCCCACCCAGCCCGCCACAUCUCUUGAGCCCCCCUCGGGGCACCCCCUACGGCCCACAAGGGGGGAAAAAGUGGGGGGGGCACGACACCACACAGUCUUGCUCGCCAUCCUGCCUUUGCCGGGGAGGGAGCCGGCUGGCCGGCCAGCGCGGGGG